AGAAGCUGCUGAAGCUCCUGGUCAGCUGUGAAGGCAGCACAAGGCUCAGACCAGACCCAAAGGUGGGACCACCAGAGUCCUGGACAGACCUGGACCGAGUCUUUGGAGCUGUAGACAGAGACCCUGAGCGUCCUGCUGGUUUUGGAGUCUUUGGAUUAUUUUCCUCUGACAGUUUGGCAACAUGGACGGACUCUGAUGCUGAACCAGCUGAAGGUUGUCUGAUGGCUCCUGAAGAAGAAGAAGGUCUCAGCUAACAUCAGACAGAGCAGCGCUGAUCGGUCCAGCUGUCAGCCUGCUGAUGGAGCUUCGGGCCACCACACGCCAUCCUGUGUUUCCAUGGCAACACUGCAUACACCUGACUCUGUUGCUGGUCCAGCUGACUUUACCCCAAGAUGUUCAAACCAAACUGUUCCUGUGUCUCCAGUCGGAGCCUCUUGUCGUAUCCUGAGGUGUAACUCUGACUUUGUGGCUGCAACGCUGGACCUGGGCAGCGGCAGCAGCAGUGGCGGUGCAGCACCAGCAGGGGGAGCAGCUCUCAGCAGGGAGGCGGUAAACGCUGGUUACUGCAGCGCCCUGCGUUCCUACGACAUGUGCACCAAGAGGAUGGCCCGGGCAUGUCGCGGUGACCUCGCAUACCACUCUGCGGUUCAGGGCAUCGAGGACCUGCUGAUCCAGCACCGCUGCCCCCGGGCGGGACCCACAGCCCAGCCACGGCCCCCGCCUCAGGGGACGCUGUCAGGGGACACCUGCCUCUACGACAGGAGCUUCUUCGGCAGAGAAGGACGGACGCCGGAGUACCUGCACUGUGGCGUGUUUGGAGACCCACACAUUCGAACUUUCAACAACGAAUUCCAGACGUGCGCUGUGCAGGGGGCGUGGCCUCUCAUCGACAACGAAUACCUGUACGUACAAGCCACUAGCUCACCUGUGAGGGGAGGGACGCACGCCACAGUCCUCACCAAGAUCACCAUCAUCUUUAAGAACUGGCGUCAGUGUAUUGAUCAGCAGCUGUACCAGGCAGAGCUGGAUAACGUCCCUGCAGCAUUUGCCGACGGCUCGGUGUGGAGCGGUGAGCGGCGGGGUCAUCGCAGCCUGACAGUCAGAACUCAGAGCCCCGGUCGACACGCCGAGAUCCGAGCGGCUCACAUCGGUACCCUGCUGGUGGUGCGUCAGAGCGGCCGUUCACUCGGCCUGUCGGUUCGUUCGCCACGUGGCGUUGUGGAGGCCUUCGGCCCCGAACAGGACCUGCAGCUGUGCAUGUGGGGCUGCCCAACCUCACAGAGACUCAACACACUCCGGCCACCACCGCCGGACUCCUUGGCAUCCGCCCCCAUUGGUGCAGAGGCCCACUGCGCUGCACUACUUCCUGACCGAGACGUCUACUACCAGGCCUGCGUGUUUGACCUGAUCACCAGCGGAGACCUGAACUCCAGCACAGCCGCCAUCAGUGCGUUACAAGAUGCCCGCAACAUGAUCUCUGACAGGCAGGAUGUUCACCUGCUGCCGGUCGCCUCCGCAGGACAAGCGCGACCAAACGUCACACUGCUGCUGCUGCUGCUCGGCAUGCUGGGAACUCUGAGCUGCAGAGACUGACCUUGAGGUACGUCUCCACGGGAACGUAUAAAGAUCAUAGUCUAUGAUAUGGAUGCCAGGGAUUGGCCCGCCCCCCAGCAUUGGAUGCUCAGUGGGAAAGCGACAAUGUGAUUGACAGGUGCUCUCCAACAGGAAACCAAUUUAGGCCCUGCCCCUUUUCACCGGCUGCACCUGAACUGUCCACAGGUUUACCAGUAUUCAAAACAUGAAACUCUGCAUGCAGUAGAAAUUUGACUACUUUACAUUUAACUUUUCAUGUAUUUGUUGGUCACAGCUGAGUCAGUCAUGGCUUCUCAGUUGCAACCAGCAGUGCCAAAUUUUUCUUUUUUUUUACAGCACUAGAGUCGAGCAAAAGGUUUGCUUUUGUCAAAUAUUUAAAGUGAUUUGGAUGAAAUUUGGUAACAUUUCCAAUGAAAUAACACAAACCAGCUAAGUAUUUCAAGAACUGAACAGAACACUUUCUGACUCUGAUAAAGUGUGUCAUUUUGUCAGUUUUAUUCAAAGAAAACAUGCCUUUUAAAACCACCAGCAGGUUUUAGGGUUCAGAGGAUUAAACAUGAUGAAGGUGACUCUUUUGGUAAACUGAAGCAGAUCAAACAUGGCGUCCUGGUUUGGAUGAAAUGAAGCUCUUCUGAGAUUUUAAUCGACUCCUCAUGAAUCACUGAUGCUCAAGCUCAACCUGGAAACAACCAGAACCAGAGCACCUUUGAACUGUUAAAAAAAAAAAAAAAAAAAAACAAGAGCAAAAAGCUGCUGAUGCUUCUAAUGAUGAAAAGCUGUACAAAGAUUUGCUUAAUAAAGAAAUAUGUACUAUAAAUUGUUGAAACAUUAAA